UUUUGUUUUGGAUUGAUUCGAAUUUGGAUUUAUUUGAAUGUAUUCGUUUCAGCUUUAUUCGGAUUUGAAUAAAUUCGGAUGUAUUCGAAUGUAUUUGUUUCGGAUUCGAUUAGUAAAUUCGGAAGUUUGGUAUGUGUUAUGUUGAUUCAGUCACACAAACGCCAUUAUUUCACUGUUCUAUCUUACUAAAUUUAUUUUUUAUACUGAAUUGUGAUUAGAAAUUUAAUUUGUAUACUGAAUUGUGAUUAGUUCAUGGCCAUUCGAAUGUAACGAAUAAAUCCAAACUAAUUCGGAUUUAUUUGUUACAAAUGCAUUUGGAUUUGUUUUGUUUCGUUGCUAGGGUAAUUCGGAAAUUAGAAUCGAUUCGACUCUCCAAAUUUGGCAAAUUCAUCCAAAUUUUGAUUCGGAACAAAACGAAACGCACAUGUCUAUUGAAAAGUUGUCUUACUACAUGUAAGUAAACAGGCUAUAUUAAUAUCGUGAGGUGUUUAAUGUCCCUUUAAGAUAUAUAAAUAUGUAUGUAUAAUGUUUGCCCAUCUUACUCUCUGUUUUUCUCCUUCUGUAUUACUUUGUAACACUGCCAUUUUUCUCCAGCACAACAGAUUCAUUGUCUUCAAAUGGCAUCAGUAGAAGAUCUGCUGCAGACGGGUUAGAUAUCCGAUACUUCUCAACGCUCUGUACCGCUGGUUCCCAAUAACCCUUAAGAUCUUCUUCCUCACCAUCAUUCUGUGCCUAAUGCGGUUUUUCUGCUUAUGUAUAUAGUUUUAAGUAAUGCUGAUUGGAUACAAGAAAAAACAAUUUAGAAUGAAACCAAAUGAGUCACUGUGAAACACUGAGCCCUAAUUCUCAUGUGAAUAGGGUUGCCAGGUGUCCAGUAUUCAGCCGGACUGUUGAGUAUUUUAGCAGGAUGCCCGGUAAAAUCUUCACAAAAAUACUGCACACUUACAGUUUUUUAAAGUCCCCAAGUGUUAGCUAAAUGUAAACGUUCCUAUGCCUCAACGCAUUACAAAUAUGGAAAACGAAGAAGUAAGGGACAGUCAAGGGAGUCAAAUAAUUUCUGUUUAUGUGUGUCACUGGCAGGCAAGAACAUAAAAUUAUUGAUUUGCAUUUCAAUAGCAGCCAAGGGGUAAAAUGACUGCUCAGUUGUGAAAAAUAUACAUUGUGGGAUCAAGAGCAGGGUCUAAGGUAAAACUAUUGGGACGAGCAUUGUGCGGCCCUACAUACCAUUGUGCCCACUCACUGACAGAUUGUGCGGCCCUACAUACCAUUGUGCCCACUCACGUACAGAUUGUGCGCUAUUUUUGUGGAGGAUAGCUGGCAAUCCUACAUGUGAAUAUUUAACCACUGAGUCUCAUUUUCAAACAUCAGUAAUUAUUAUAGUGUAUAACAGGUAAAUACAAUUUAGAAUGUUAUCAGGUCUCAACAAUAUUUUGAACAUGUUUGCUUCAGACUUUGCAGAGAAAUAGGAACUGAUAAAACUGAUUUGGACUGGAUUCUGAUUUGCUUAUCAGUUGAAGAAGAAGGCAGCUACGUAAUGGUGGGGGGAGUCCGGCAUCCAUAUUUACCGGGUAUUAGAGUAGUUAGCGCCGCUGAUUAGGACAGAAGCAAGGCGGCAAGGCAGGAGGGGUAUAGUGUAGGCGGACCUCCGUUUUGUUAUUUUCAAUAUAAAAACAUGUUAAAGUAAGUGUUGACUGUCCCUUUAACUUCCUUUCCUGCUCUAUAGGAAAUAAUUUGCUGGGGGUCUUUAAGACCAUCAGCUGCCCACACUGAGCCCUGGUCCUCCUUUACCCAAACUGGAUCUGACCCAGAAGCGCUGGAUUCCUCAGGCACCACCGUUCUUCUGCUCAUCAAGGCAAACCACACCUGGUCUUGAAUCUCCAGACACAUCCGGCCCGGCACCACAUUUGUAGACUUAUCCUGGGAGCGACACUUGUAUGUCCAGCAGCCAUGGUGGGAAAAUGAUGGACCCGCUCUGCUCCGGAUGGAUGAAGAUAGAAGAUGCCGCUUGGAUGAAGACUUCUGCCGCUUGGAGGACCUCUUCUGCCCGGAUCGGAUGAAGACUUCUGCCCCUCUGGAGGACCACUUGUGCCCGGCUGGGUGAAGAUGGCUCAAGUGCUCCAGCUCUCAGGAGCAGCCACAGUGUGUGGCAUACAAGGCCUGAAGACACGUAUUUAUGGGGGAAGCCGAGCGGUACCUGGAGAAUGGCCCUGGCAUGUGGCGCUAAACUUUCUGGGCACACCAAACUGUGGCGGGAGUUUGAUUUCUGAUAGGUGGAUCCUGACUGCUGCUCACUGCUUUGAGGGAAACCUGACUAUAAGUGACCCCAAGUCCUGGACAGCGCACCUGGGCUUCACCAGGCUGGGAGGUGCUCAAGAAAGCUCAGCGGUCAGUAUGGUGCUAUCUAAGAUUGUGAUCCAUGACAGUUACACCGAUGCUAUCAGUGGGCAUGACUUGGCUUUGGUGGAGCUGGCAAGCCCAGUGACUUUCACAAAUUUCAUCUCCCCCAUCUGCCUCCCUGAGGACACCCACAGAUUCCAACUUCGCAAAACUUGCUGGACCACUGGGCUUGAGGACGUGCCAGACGGAGUACCCCUGGAUAGUAAGAGGUCUCUGGAAAAGGUCUCUCAGACUCUCAUUGGUUGGAGAACGUGUAACUGUGUUUACAACUCGCAUAACAGACCAGAGCUAGAAAACCCUACGAAGCCUGGCAUGUUGUGCAUUGCUGCAAAUGAUGGAGAUAAAGGUCCCUGCUUGGGGGACUCUGGGGGUCCAGUGGUCUGCAACGAAGAAGGUGUCUGGUUUAUUGCCGGUGUCAUUAGUUUCUCCCAAGGUUGUCACUUGCGUAACAGCCCCACUGUUAUCACUGCUGUGUCAUUUUAUGAGGAAUGGAUUAGAAAGACUGUAGGACCUACAGCCGCAUUCAACUCUCAGAGUAUCAAAGUGACUGACGAUAUUGACACAAAUGACUGCUCUGACAUUCUCAGCAACAGGAACUCAGGCUGUGGGAUCCCAGAAAUAAAGGAUGUUGAUCCUGACACUCCAGGAGCCUGGCCUUGGCUUGUGAACCUGAUCAAAGAUGGAACCAGAGUGUGCAGCGGGGCCUUAAUCUCAGUUAACUGGGUGAUAACAGCAGCGCACUGCUUCAUCAGCACCACCUCCUCAGACUCCCCUUUUGAUUGGUCUGUGGUUGUGGCCCCAGGGACCCCAGCAAUGACGCAGUAUCCCGUGCAGAGAAUUAAUUUACACGGGGCUUACGUGUUGCCAGAAGAUGGGGCAGAUGUUGCUCUUGUUCGGCUUUUGCGCCCUGCACCUUUAGGACCAUACACCAAGCCAGCCUGCCUUCCCCUGGCUUCCCACCGUCUGCCCUAUGGCUCCACCUGCUGGCAUACAGGCUGGGAUGGACCUCAACCAGAUAAGGAAGUGCGACUCCCCCAAGCUGUGGAGAUGAAGCUGAUUGGUCCCAAUAAGUGUAACUGCAUCUACAGUCACCCUGGCCGGUACAAUCACACUGUAUCCAUAAUGCCUGGCAUGAUCUGUGCAUCACACCAGGAAAAUGAGCAAAGAAAGUGCCAGAGUGACUCGGGAGGGCCCCUUGUUUGUAAGGAAAACACAACAUGGUUCCUGGUAGGGGUGCAGAGCUUUGGGGGUGAAUGCAAAGACAGGAAGGAUGGGAUCUCCAAUCCAGGAGUGUACACUGGUCUAGAUGCCUAUGUGGACUGGAUUAGCCGGGUGACACAAGAUGCUUCCUUCAGCCUGCAGAUACUUAUUCCCCCCACUGACCUGGACAGUAUGAAGUGCUCACAAAACAGUAGUGGCUGUGGACUCUCAGUAACUUCCCCUGGUUCUGAUCCAGUUGGUGCUGCUGUGGUAGCCGCAUGGCCCUGGCUAGUCAGUGUGCAUCAGUUCGAGUUCCAUGACUGCUCUGGGGUUCUCAUCGCUGAGACUUGGUUCCUCACUGCAGCUCACUGCGUAUCUAGCUCAGUAUACAACAGCGACUCUUUCGUCAUCCUGGGGAGACACAGUCAGGAUGGGGAGAACCCUCAUGAGGUGCGACGCAGGAUAAAGAGGAUCAUCACUCACCCUGGGUACAACAGGGUGUUAGGGCACAAUGACCUUGCGCUGGUGGAAGUCUACUACGGUGUCACCUUCAGCAAUUACAUCCUGCCCAUCUGCCUACCCCUUCCUGAUGUCUCUAUUCCUCACAACAGCAAAUGCUGGGUCAUCGGCUGGGGAAACUUGCUUCCAUCAGGUGUACGUGACCCUUUCCCUCCGCUGAUGGAGCUAUCAGUGCAUCUGCUGCAGGGAGAUAAAUGUGGAGCUCAUAUGGAAAGUAACCAAAGCAAAGAAACUCAGCUGUGUGCGGCGGUGGAGAUAGACGGCAGCUAUAUCUGCCUUGAAGACCAUGGAGCUCCUCUUGUGUGUCAUCAACAGCCAAAAGGUCAAUGGUUCCUCCUUGGUAUUAAAAGCUAUGGCCCAGAAACUAAGGACUUAGUGUGUCCUGGAAACUACACCCCAGUAAGUUCCCAGCUGUCCUGGAUCAGGGAGGUCAUUUCUGAUAAAAAUAUUUUAAUGCUUGAGGUACCAAACCCAACAGAGGUGGGACAUGGAGAGACAGUAACUUCCCAGAAGCCUACAAUCAAGUGGCACAGCACUUCUGAAAGUCUGCAGAGCAUGAACACAGCAAUCACACAUGAAUCCAAUACAAGAUUUACUAGUCACAAUGUCAGCUCUGGAAAGGAAGGUACCAACACCGGGUACAAAUACACCACAGCUCUGGAGAACCUUACAGCCAGGACCACACAUAAUUUGUACUCAACCCACCCUACUAGUGACAUGGGGCUAAGGCAAAGCUCAAGCCCACCAGGCAGGACGUUCACCUCUAAAAGGCCAACUGUAACAUCUGCAGGUCAUUAUCUGGGGUGCAGUUGGCUUCGCAUCAUUAUCUUCACGUGCACGUGUCUGUUUGUAGCACUGGCGCUGCCAGAAACUGGACAUCUCUGUUGUAAUACAAGGACAAUAGCUUAUCCUGCUGUGCAGUAAAACACUGGUGUCUAAACAGGAAAAUAACAUUCAAUUAAAGGAACAAGUAAAAUUAUACUUUUAUGAUCCAGAUAUAGUGCACAAUACGGUGCUCCAAACACGUGCACGUUCCCAAGCCUACCUCAGUAUGCUCUCAUAGAAUGAGCUACGGUUCAACAAAUUUAAUAAUAGAAGUAAAAUGGAAGGUUUUGCUUUUAUUUGGAUGACUUGUCUGAUUCAUGAAAGUUUUAUAGAAUCUUCUGUGCCUCUUUAAACAAUUUCAAUAGAAUUUCAUUUCAACUACUUACUAUUUAACAGCUUGAUGCAGACUACGAGUUUUAUUUGAAUAUGUCCGUUGUCCAGGAAGCGCAAGAAAGUAAAUGUGAAUGCAAUUUUUGUAAGGAGCCGACAAAUAGCGUAAAGUUUCAUAAUUAGCGCAUCAGGCACGGCAAGUAAUAGCGCAGGACUUCCGGAGCAAGUUGCACUGUUUUAUGAGAGGAACAUAAAACCCAACAUUUUUCUUGCAUGAUUCACAUAGAGUUUGCAAAUUUAAACAACGUUCCAAUUUACCUCUAUUAUCACAUUUCCUUUAUUCUCUGGGUAACCUUUGUUGAAGGAGCAGCCAUGCACUACUGGGAGGUAGCUGAGCACAUCAGGUGAGCCAGUGACAACACUCAUACAGUAUAUGUGCUGCUCCUGAGCAUACAAAGAUAUACUUUUCAAUAAAAGAUACAAAGAGAAGGAAGUGAAUUAGAUAAUACAAGUACAUUGGAAAGUAAAUUGUUUGCUCUAUCUGACUCAUGAAAGAAAGAUUUUUUGGGGUUUCAUGUCCCUUUAAUGAUAUUAGUAUUUUGCUAAUGGAUAUAUAUUAAUAUGACAAUUCACUGCAAACUGUAAGUAUUGGAGCAGGCUAGGUCCGUUCAUGGAAAGAGGGAGGAGUUUCACAGUGUGAUUGACAUCUUGUCUUCCACUUUCUCAUGUACCAGCGUUCAGCUUCAAGCCGUCUCUCACAACCUCUCUGGCCUUGUGUUUUCUACAAGUGGAUUGUAAUGUUGCUGCUCAGGACAAACAAAAGCAAUGUAGGUCCUAUGUACUUUAAAGGGACAAUAAAUACCCUGAAAUUACAA